UCUGGUAUUCUUUUCAUGGAUUGGCUAUCCUUAUUGGUCCUUCUCUCUCCGUUCGUUUCCCUUACUCCUUUCUCAUUCUUUCUUUGUGGGAGAAAAACAAGUAAGAGAGAGCGUAUGCAAUAUUUAACGCAGGUGGAAAGCCGUAAACGUAGUUAUCAACGGUAGAAUAUUUCCUUUUGGACAGAAUAGAGAACAACAAAGAAAAAAUCCAGUGACUGCGCAGUUAAGUUAACGCGACCACGCGCGCGAAUCUUAGAAAAGGAAAGAGCUCUGUGUUACGUAGGAAAAACAGAGGAAGGAAGAGUGGUGGGCGGAAGAGGCGUGUGCUGACUGACCGACCACCACAUCAAGCUUUUCGUAGGCUCUGUUUCUUGGCAUUGCAAUUAUCUAGAAAACAUAGAUACUCGCGGGUUUAACAACGGCGUACCGCUUGUAUAACUCCUUGUGUUCCUACGUUCGUGCACUCGUGUUCGCGUUCAUUGCACACGGUCAAUCGAACGCCCCUCGUAACCCGCAGCUACUACGUGUCCAAAGAUUUUCUUCUUGAUGCAAUUGAUUUGGAUAAAAAUUAGUGACAACAAAAUAUUACGAUCAUUUCAUACACGUGUGAAAAUAACGUACCUAUGAGGACCGAGGCGAGCUACGUAAGGCAGCAAGGUUUGACGGUAGUGGAUAAUUCAGAGGUUGGUUUGCGACGUUUAUGAGCAUGCCGACGAAAGGGAAGCAACAACAUCACCUGGCCCAUCACCAUCAUCAUCAUCAACAGCAACAUCAUAAUCCACAUCAGCAACAUCCGCUUGUAGUCAACGUUAACGUUAAUAAUCCUGGUGUUCAUCAUCUGUCCCAAGGAUACAGUACGGUGGUUGCCACGAGUACACCGCGUUACAUUUCGAAUGCCGGAUUUAGUAGGUGUGACACAUCUGGUGGUUGAGUUAUUUAAAACGGGUUAUACGUGCGCACGCACGCACAAAGCUGCUGCCUGCUACCACAUUACCCUCAAAUGCACCGUAACAGGGCUGUGCCCGCUGCAUUCACGCGGGCCGAAGGGUAUUCGCCGUCGAUCUGCGCAUGCGCACCAAUGUCCUGCACUCUUGCCCAUUGGCCUGCGCACGCGAUCUUGUACGUUCGUCGGCUCUUUCUGCAUUUCUUUCGCUACUUCGAGGUUUGACUAUUUCUCAGGAACGUAUCGAUUGUUAUACAUUUUACAAAAUUCAAAUUUUUAUCUUUAUUAUCGUUUCAAUAAAAAUAUCUGUAUUCCCUUUGAAUAUUGUUAAAGUUAAUCAAUGUAUUAAUAUUGUGAUACACGAAAGAUAAUAUUCGAAAUGAAAUAAAUUUUUUUAUAAUU